AUGAAAACUUUUGGGCAUGCCCAGACAGAUAUCCGCGCAUUUUCUUUUUCAUCGCGGAUAACGAGAUUCUACUAUAGUUACAUUUCUCUUUCAUCAAUCUCUUUCUUUUAUCGUCUCUCUUUUGACUAUCCUUCUUUUUCAUUUUUCAAAUAUCUUUUUCUUCAUAUAUCUUUCACUUGUCUCUCUCUCCUUCUCUCUCUUUCUCUCUCCUUCUCUCUUUUUCUCUCUCCUUCUCUCUCUUCUCUCUUCUUCUCUCUUCUCUCUCUCUUCUCUCUUCUUCUCUCUCUUCUCCCUUCUUCUCUCUUCUUCUCUCUCCUUCUCUCUUCUUUUCUCUUCUGUCUUCUCUCUUCUUCUUUCUCUUCUCUCUCCUUCACUCUCCUUCUCUCUCCUUCUCUCUUCUUCUCUUUCCUUCUCUCUUCUACUCUUUCUUCUCUCUCCUUCUCUCUUCUUCUCUCUUCUCUCUCCUCCUCUCUCUUCUCUCCCCUUCUCUCUCCUUCUCUCUCCUUUUCUCUUCUUCCUUCUAUUAUUUCUUUUUUUCUGGUUCGUUUUACUAUUCUCCUUCCUUCACCAAUAUUUUCUUCAUUUUCCUUCCCUUGA